AUGCCCAAUCCCGCCAGCAAACGUAAAAGGGAUGAUGCUAGUGACUCGAAGUCGUUCAGGAGUAUCGACUCCUUUUUCAGAAGCCCGAAAAAGCGGCAACCGCAGGUCGAUAUCUGCACUCCAGCUCCUCCAGGAAACCAAGCUCUGACGGACGAGGAGCUCGCCCGAAAGCUGCAAGCAGAAUGGGAUAGAGAUGCUGCGCCUAGCCGAGAUGGGCCACAUACAGAAGCGAACACACAAGCGGCUCUGCUGCCUCAGAGCGUCGAGCGCAAAGGCGAUCUUCAAAUAGCCGAUUCACCGCCCAAAACCUCGGGAGUUGUUCCUGAAAAGAAAACAAAAGGCGUGCUGUCGCUACAGACUUCCGCGACCACGGAAGACACGAUAUCUAUGUCCUUGCCCUUAGACCAGCCACCGCUGAGCUUUAAGCCGUCUACCUACAUCGAACAGCUGAGAGAAUUCUGGGGGUUGGAGGGAGGACGCGCUUCUUACUCAAUAUUGGCGAGAGCGUUUUCCCUAGUCAACAGCACACAAAGUCGAAUCAAAAUCGUGGAUAUACUAGUCAACCUACUGAGGAUCUUGAUUGAAGGAAACCCAGACAGUCUCCUUCCUGCCGUCUGGCUUGCUACAAACGCUUUCGCGCCCCCGUACGUUCCCUUGGAGUUGGGACUGGGAGGAUCUGCUAUCUCCAAAGCUUUGAAGAAGGCGUAUGGGCUGGAUAACUUGGGCUUAAAAUCCCUUUAUGACAAGCAUGGAGACGCUGGUGAUGUCGCCUAUGAAGCUAAAAAGAAACAGUCUUUUACUUUAAGGCGACCGAAGCCGCUCUCUAUUAAAGGAGUUUAUGACUCACUGACAGGGAUUGCUAAUAGUAAAGGAACGGGCAGCCAAGAAAAUAAACAGAGGAUAGUUGAACAACUGCUUCGAGAUGCCAGAGGAGCCGAAGAAAGUCGGUAUAUCGUCCGAACGCUCGUCCAGCACCUACGUAUCGGAGCAGUCAGAACUACCAUGCUCAUCGCCUUAGCUCGUGCAUUUCUUUAUUCAAGGCCACCAUCUGCUACCUUUGAGGUGUAUUUGCAACCCGACCUUAUGAACCUAAAAAAGGAUGAGCUAUCCAAUUUAUAUGCCAGGGCAGAGGAGAUAGUCAAAGCCAGCUACGCUCGCCAUCCAAACUACAAUGACCUCAUACCAUGCCUUCUAGAAACAGGCAUCUCGAAGGCCGUUCUCGCCAAAUGCGGUCUAUCGCUUCAUAUUCCGUUGUUGCCAAUGCUAGGGAGUAUUACGCGCGACCUGACAGAGAUGCUUACUAAACUGCAGGGCAAGAAAUUCAGUUGCGAAUAUAAAUAUGACGGCCAACGUGCACAAGUACAUUGUGACACGGCAGGAAAAGUAUCACUUUUCUCGCGCCAUCUGGAGUUUAUGACAGAUAAAUACCCGGACUUAGUAUCUCUUGUCCCGCAGAUUAGGGGAGACGGUGUGUCGAGCUUCAUUCUUGAGGGAGAAGUGGUCGCUGUUGACCAAGAAUCCGGAGAUUUAUUGCCCUUUCAGACACUUUCCAACAGAGCGAAGAAAAAUGUUGAAAUGAGUAAUAUCAAAAUCAAUGUUUGCCUGUUUGCAUUCGAUCUAAUGUACCUGAAUGGCGAGCCAUUGCUAGAGCGAUCUUUCAGAGAACGACGCGAGCUGUUGCGAAGCCUCUUUGUCGAGAUACCUAAACGAUUUUCUUGGGUCAAAAGCAUCGACGCAACCUCUACCGAUUCAGAUAUGAUACUUAACUUCUUCCGGGAGGCCACCAAAGAAAAAUGUGAAGGUAUUAUGGUGAAGGUAUUGGAUACCGAUGUCGAAGCUGUGGAAACUGUUGGGCUGGGCUCGGCCAUCAAAGAAUCAUCCAAUAUAGCUAAAGAAAAGCAAAAGGGAACAAGGAAGCGAGCCUUGUUGUCUACUUACGAGCCCGAUAAACGACUCGAGUCAUGGCUGAAGGUGAAGAAAGAUUAUAGCACAGCCUCUGAUACUCUGGACUUGAUUCCCAUCGCUGGUUGGCAUGGUCAAGGUCGAAAGGCUAAAUGGUGGUCCCCAAUUCUCCUUGCUGUGCGAAAUCCGGAAACCGGGUCGUUAGAGGCAGUCACCAAAUGCAUGUCCGGUUUUACGGAUAAGUUCUACCAGGAGAAUAAAGAGAAGUAUGCUGAACACGGCGACAAUGUGAUUUCACGUCCAAGCUAUGUGGAUUAUAGGAACGAACCUGAGGUCUGGUUUGAGCCUCAGGAGGUUUGGGAGGUCGCUUUUGCAGACAUUACGCUCAGUCCGACGUACACAGCAGCAAUCGGUUUGGUCAGCGAGGAGCGCGGAUUGAGUCUUCGGUUCCCAAGGUUUCUUAGGGUCCGUGAAGAUAAGACUAUCGAGGAGGCAAGCACAUCUGCAUAUCUGGCUGAGCUUUGGAGGAAACAAAGUGCGCGCUUACAAAUCGAAGGCGUCGAUUCGAUGCAAGAGGAACCUUGA